CGAGUAGCAGUUGUUUUUUGCUAAGGAUGUCUGUUAUUGCUCCUACCACAUUCACUCUCCCCGGGCGAAGGCAUUUCGAGGAGGAGGAGGACGAGCAGGUCUCUGGUCUGGCCGAAAUGGACAGGUUCGCCCUUGCCCCUGUAGCGCAGCCUCAGAACUUCUGCAUGGACAUGAAGGCUCGCUCGGGUCGCCUUAUGAACUUCAAUAAGGGUACGACCACACUUGGGUUCGUCUUUGACGGUGGAGUGCUCAUUGCUGUGGACUCCCGAGCUUCUAUGGGAAGCUACGUGUCGAGUCAGACGGUUCGCAAGGUUCUUCAUAUCACAGAUAGGCUCAUUGGCACGAUGGCUGGUGGCGCUGCGGACUGUCAGUUCUGGGAGAGGCAUCUUGGCAAACUGUGCAAGCUGUACGAGCUGAGGAACAAUCAGCGCAUCACUACUGCUGCUGCUUCUAAGAUGCUCGCUAACAUCAUGUACUCCUACAAGGGGUAUGGUCUCUCGUGUGGCACGAUGAUCGCUGGUUAUGAUGCUGUUACUGGUCCCGCACUGUACAUGGUAGAUGACCAGGGGACUCGGCUGAAGAACAACAUGUUCUCUGUUGGCUCCGGCUCGACUUACGCGUAUGGGAUUGUUGAUGCUGGUUACAAGCAUGACCUCACUCUUGAUGAGGCAGUGGCUCUUGGUAAGCGUGCUAUCUAUCAUGCCACCAACAAGGAUGGUGCCUCUGGUGGCUAUGUUCGAGUGUAUCACGUUCACAAGGAUGGGUGGACUAUUAUGGAGGACGGACAGGAUGUGAUGGAACUCCAUUACAAGUAUGCUGCUGAGAAGGGGAUGUCUGGUAUGGGCGAUGAAGCGUAG